GGACCAUGGCCCAAGUUGCGAUGUCUACACUGCCCGUUGAAGAUGAGGAGUCCUCCGAGAGUAGGAUGGUGGUGACCUUUCUCAUGUCUGCUCUUGAGUCCAUGUGCAAAGAACUGGCAAAGUCCAAGGCAGAAGUGGCCUGUAUUGCAGUAUAUGAAACAGAUGUGUUUGUUGUUGGAACCGAAAGAGGACGUGCUUUUGUCAAUACCAGAAAAGAUUUUCAAAAAGAUUUUGUAAAAUACUGUGUUGAAGAAGAAGAAAAAGCCGCAGAGAUGCAUAAAAUGAAAUCUACAGCCCAGGCAAAUCGGAUGAGUGUGGAUGCAGUGGAAAUUGAAACACUUAGAAAAACCGUUGAGGACUAUUUCUGCUUUUGCUAUGGGAAAGCUUUAGGCAAAUCCACAGUGGUGCCUGUUCCAUAUGAGAAAAUGCUGCGAGACCAGUCGGCUGUGAUGGUGCAGGGGCUUCCGGAAGGGGUUACCUUUAAACACCCUGAAAAUUACGAUCUUGCGACCCUGAAGUGGAUUUUGGAGAACAAAGCAGGGAUUUCAUUUAUCAUUAAGAGACCUUUCCUAGAGCCAAAGAAACACCUAGGUGGUCGAGUAAUGGUAACAGAUUCUGAAAGGUCAAUCCUGUCUCCAGGUGGAAGUUGUGGCCCCAUCAAAGUGAAAACUGAACCCACAGAAGAUUCUGGCAUUUCCCUGGAAAUGGCAGCUGUGACAGUAAAGGAGGAGUCAGAAGACCCUGAUUACUAUCAAUAUAACAUUCAAGCAGGCCCUUCUGAAACUGAUGAUGUUGAUGAAAAACUCCCUCUUUCGAAGUCUUUGCAAGGAAGCCAUCAUUCUUCAGAGGGCAAUGAAGGAACAGAAAUGGAAGUUCCAGCAGAAGAUUCUACUCAACAUGUCCCUUCAGAAACAAGUGAGGACCCUGAAGUUGAGGUGACUAUUGAAGAUGAUGAUUACUCUCCACCUACCAAGAGACCAAAGAGCAACGAGCCGCCGCCUCCCCCAGUCCCAGAGCCUGCCAAUGCCGGGAAGCGAAAAGUGCGGGAGUUCAACUUUGAAAAAUGGAACGCUCGAAUUACUGAUCUACGUAAACAAGUUGAAGAGUUGUUUGAAAGGAAAUAUGCUCAAGCUAUAAAAGCCAAAGGUCCGGUGACGAUCCCAUACCCUCUUUUCCAGUCUCAUGUGGAAGAUCUUUAUGUUGAAGGACUUCCCGAAGGAAUUCCUUUUAGAAGGCCAUCUACAUACGGAAUUCCUCGCCUUGAGAGAAUAUUGCUUGCAAAGGAAAGGAUUCGUUUUGUGAUUAAGAAACAUGAACUUCUAAACUCAACACGUGAAGAUUUACAGCUUGACAAACCAGCUUCAGGAGUAAAGGAAGAGUGGUAUGCCAGAAUCACUAAAUUACGAAAGAUGGUAGAUCAGCUUUUCUGCAAAAAAUUUGCUGAGGCCUUGGGAAGCGCAGAAGCCAAGGCUGUACCAUACCAAAAAUUUGAGGCGCAUCCCAAUGAUCUUUAUGUGGAAGGAUUACCAGAAAACAUUCCUUUCCGAAGUCCCUCCUGGUAUGGAAUCCCACGGCUGGAAAAAAUCAUUCAAGUGGGCAAUCGAAUUAAAUUUGUUAUUAAAAGACCAGAGCUUCUGACUCAUAGUACAACUGAAGUCACUCAGCCAAGGACAAACACACCAGUCAAAGAAGACUGGAAUGUCAGAAUUACCAAGCUACGGAAGCAAGUGGAAGAGAUUUUCAAUUUGAAGUUUGCCCAAGCUCUUGGCCUCACAGAAGCAGUAAAAGUACCAUACCCUGUGUUUGAGUCAAAUCCAGAGUUCCUCUAUGUUGAAGGCUUGCCAGAAGGAAUUCCCUUUCGAAGCCCCACCUGGUUUGGAAUUCCACGUCUAGAAAGGAUUGUUCGUGGGAGUAAUAAAAUCAAGUUUGUUGUUAAAAAACCUGAGCUUGUUGUUUCCUACUUGCCUCCUGGCAUGGCUAGUAAAAUUAACACUAAAGCACUGCAGUCCCCCAAAAGGCCCCGAAGCCCUGGGAGUAACUCAAAGGUCCCUGAAAUCGAGGUCACUGUGGAAGGCCCUAAUAACAACAAUCCUCAAGCCUCCACUGUCCGAACUCCUACACAAACUAAUGGUUCUAAUGUUCCCUUCAAGCCUCGAGGGAGAGAGUUUUCCUUCGAGGCCUGGAAUGCCAAAAUCACAGACCUGAAGCAGAAAGUUGAAAAUCUUUUCAAUGAAAAAUGUGGGGAAGCUCUCGGCCUUAAGCAAGCUGUGAAGGUGCCGUUUGCGCUGUUCGAGUCUUUCCCAGAAGACUUCUAUGUGGAAGGCCUGCCCGAGGGGGUGCCCUUCCGCAGACCCUCCACUUUCGGCAUUCCGAGGCUGGAGAAGAUCCUCCGGAACAAGGCUAAAAUUAAGUUCAUCAUUAAGAAGCCCGAAAUGUUUGAGACUGCAAUCAAGGAGAGCACCUCUUCCAAGAGCCCUCCCAGAAAAAUAAAUUCGUCACCCAGCGUUAAUACUACUGCAUCAGGUGUUGAAGAUCUUAACAUCAUUCAAGUAACAAUUCCAGAUGAUGAUAAUGAAAGACUGUCAAAAGUUGAAAAAGCAAGGCAGCUAAGAGAACAAGUGAAUGACCUCUUCAGUCGGAAGUUUGGUGAAGCUAUUGGCAUGGGUUUCCCAGUGAAAGUCCCGUACAGGAAAAUCACGAUCAACCCUGGAUGUGUGGUGGUGGACGGCAUGCCCCCUGGGGUGUCGUUCAAAGCCCCCAGCUACCUGGAAAUAAGCUCCAUGAGAAGGAUCUUAGAUUCUGCUGAGUUUAUCAAAUUCACAGUCAUCAGACCAUUUCCAGGACUUGUGAUUAAUAACCAGUUGGUUGAUCAGAGCGAAUCAGAAGGCCCAGUGAUCCAAGAAUCAGCAGAGCCAAGCCAUUUGGAAGUUCCACCAACAGAAGAAAUUAAAGAGACCGAUGGAAGCUCUCAGAUCAAGCAAGAGCCAGACCCCACGUGGUAGACCUCUCCCACCUAGGCUUAAAGUAUCAGUGGUUGAGAAGAGCUUUUCGGACCUGUUACUGCCCCAAGCUGUGUAAUAUACUUGUAUAACAGAAAUACCUUCUAUACAAACCUUUUUUUCUACUUUUAGAUAGAAAUGUCUACUUUUUCAGCAGUUCUGUGAAUUGAAUUAAAGAGCAGAGUGACUGUAGAUUCGGAAUGGCUGGUUUACUUUGGAAUGUAUUAUAAGGAUUUUACAGCAAUGCUGGAAAAAACGACAGGGAAAAUGACAGGGAUGAAUCUCAUCAGAUUUUUUACGUAUCCGGCAGAACCUUCAGCUAUGGUGUGUAUUUUCCAAUCGAGUGAAGAUCUCUCCUACUGGAACAUCUCAGCUUCUGCAGCCAAGGAAAUUCCUGUGACAGUCAGUUCUUUAGUUUUUCUAUUUGAAAAAUCAUUUAAAUGAUCCUUUGUUCACAGCUCUCCUUAAUGACUGAGCGAACAAUUAGUAUCUGUAUAUUUGACUAAACUUUUCCUAAGCUAUCUAUCAUGGUUCAUCUGUUUUUUUAUCAUAAU